UAGAGAGAGAGAGAGAAUCCCAAGCAGGCUCCUCACUGGCAGUGUGGGGCUCGAACCCAGAAGUGGUGAGAUCAUGACCUGAGCCCAAAUCAAGACCUGGCGCCAGCCAGGUGCCUCCCCCUUUGAUUUUUAAAGUCCAUAUGAUGAGUUUAUGUGACUCAUUCUUUCUAAAUAGACAGUUGGCUUGUUACCAAUUUUUUUCUGCCACAACUGAGAAUGAAAACUCACACUGCCCCAUUACAGAAGAAACAAAGUUACAAAUUGUUCUUUUUCGACCUUAAUAACUUCUUAAAGUCUUUGAUCAUCCGACAGACUGAGACAAGAGUGUACAAAAUGUUCUGUGGUAGGAUUUGCUAGUAAUACACACAUCCCUGGAAGCAUCACGAAGAUUCCUAACUGUGGGCCGCAGUGAGAGUCUCAUGUUGGUUCCCUCCCGGGCUCACCACCGUCCUGCCCCCUGGGUGACCCCGUCCCGACUCUUUGUUCAUCCUUUAGACCUUUACCGUCUAUUCUUUGCCAUCGAGCAGUGUUCUUUCGGUUUUCCUUCUUCCGUCUUUGAACAGAGAAGUAUCAACGGAAUUACACUGGAAGGUUUUCUCACAUGCGAGCACCUGAGGCUUCGGGCCUGGUCUGGGACUGUGGGGCUCAAACCUCCCACCAAGCUCAGUGGCCCCAAGGCUUCGAGAGUCUUUGAAGACCAAAGGAGUGGGGGUUGGGGGCGCGGUGGGCAGACGACUCCCUGCUGGAAAAUGAUCAAAGACCAACAUGGAACCGGACUCAUGCUUACGAAUGGUGAGGUCACUUGCGCGUGCGCUUGUGAGGAAGGGUCACGGUUCCGUGAGUGGCCUGGCGGCCUCGCGCUUCCCAGCGACGGCCUUGGAGACAACAGGCGGCAGCCCCCUGCCCAAGCAAGGUCGGCUCAAAGACGUGACCUCCGGCCCGCUGUCGCUCAGGCGGGAGGGGGCGGGGCCGUGCGAGCCGUCCAAUCAGGGGAGCCGCCGGAGCCGUACGUGCGGGCGACGCGCCGUGGACGCCGUGGACGGCGAGGGCUGUGUGCGGUGGCUGCUGUGCGUCCGAGCCUCGCACCCGCUGGCGCCGUCCUUAAGGGCUUCGGGAGGUUCCGCCGCGUCCUGGGUCGCCGCGACCUGCGCUGGCCGCGGCAGCCGGAUGGUGGGCGACCCGGCACCCCGGAAACCGAGCGAUGGAGUCCUAUGGUAGAGAGGCUCCAUCAGAGUAAAGAAGGUGGUCAGUGUGGAGGAAACUUCAGCCUUAUUCCGCAUCUUAAUCUGAACAAGAAGACUUCUACCGAGGUAAAACCGUGGGAGUGCAGCGCGUGUGGAAAAGUCUUUAUGCGCCAUUCAUCCCUUAAUAGGCAUAAGAGAUCUCACACUUCGCCAAAGCCAUACAAGUAUCAGGAGUAUGGAAAAAAGCCUUAUAAAUGUAAAGAGUGUGGAAAAGCUUUCAGUUAUCUCCAGCCUUUUCAAAAACAUGAAAGAAACCACAGCGUAGAGAAAUCUUACAAAUGCAAGGAAUGUGGGAAAUCCUUUCGAUAUCGCCAGUCCGUUCGAAAACACGAAAGGACUCACACCGGAGAGAAACCCUAUCAGUGUAAACAGUGUGGAAAGGCCUUUAGAUAUCAUCAGACCUUUCAGACACAUGAAAGGACGCACACGGGGGAGCAGCCCUAUCAGUGCAAGCAGUGCGGGAAAGCCCUCAGCUGUCCCAGCUCCUUUCGAAGUCAUGAAAGGACUCACACGGGAGAGAAACCUUACGAAUGUAAAAAGUGUAGUAAAGCCUUCAGUUGUCCCAGCUCUCUUCGAAAACAUGAGAGAACUCACACCGGAGAGAAACCCUAUGACUGUAAGGAAUGCGGGAAAGCCUUCAUUUCUCUCGGGAGCUUUCAAAGGCACAUGAUCACACACACUGGAGUCGGACCUUAUAAAUGUAAGGAGUGCGGGAAGGCAUUCAGCUGUCCCAGUUCGUAUCGAAUACAUGAAAGAUCUCACACCGGAGAGAAACCCUACGAAUGUAAGCAGUGUGGUAGAGCCUUUAGCUGUUCCAGUUCCUUCCGAACACACGAAAGAACUCACACUGGCGAGAAACCCUAUCAGUGUAAAGAAUGCGGAAAAGCCUUCCAUUGGCUCACCACGUUUCAAGUGCAUGUGAGAACUCACACUGGAGAGAAGCCCUAUAUAUGUAAGCUGUGCGGGAAAGCCCUCAGUUGUCCCACGUCCUUCCGAAGACACGAAAGGACUCACACCGCGGAGAAGCCCUAUGAAUGUAAACAGUGUGGGAAGACCUUCAGCUCUCCUCUAGGUUUGCAAAUACACGGGAGAACUCACACUGGCGAGAAACCCUAUAAAUGUGAGGAAUGUGGGAAGGCCUUCGUCUCCCUCACCAGUUUUCGCAGACAUAUGAUGACACACACUGGAGACGGACCUUAUAAAUGUAAGGAAUGUGGGAAAGCCUUCAAUUGUCCCAGCUCCUUCCGGAUACACGAAAGAACUCACACGGGAGAGAAACCCUAUGAAUGUAAAAUAUGCAGUAAAGCCUUCAGUUGUUCAAGUUAUGUUCAGGUACAUGAAAGAACUCACACGGGAGAGAAACCCUAUGAAUGUCAGGAAUGCGGGAAAGCCUUCAUUUAUCGUACAACCUUUCGAGGACACAUGAGAGUGCACACGGGAGAGAAACCUUAUAAAUGUAAAGAAUGUGGGAAAGCCUUCAGUCGACCCAGUUCGUUUAGAAGCCAUGAAAGAAUUCACACUGGAGAGAAACUUCUUGAAUGUAAACACUGUGGGAAAGCCUUCAAUUGGCCCACAUCCUUACACAAACAUGUGAUGAGAAUGCACACAAGAUAGGUAAAUUGUUAACUGAAAAGUACAGGAGAGCGUUCAGUCUUAACAAACGCAGAGUCAUGUAAAAACACCACUGGAGAAAAAUGACAUAAAUGUAAGAAAUAUGGGAAAGUCUGAUGCACAUUCAAAGACGGUACUCCGGAGAAGUCACAACAUGAAAGAAAUGCUUCAGAAGCUGAAGAUAAUGAAUUUUGUUCUGAAACUCAGUCUCUGGACUGUAGCUUCUGGCUGUUGCUUUUCAGCUGAACGUUGAGUUGAGACAAUUCUGUGAGCAUUGUUUAAGCAAUAGUACGGAAGCUUAGUAAGUAGUCUUUUUCCUUAAAUCAGUUUGUAAAAGUUUUGUCUUUCCAUUUUCAAGUCUGUUGGAUCUAUGGGUGAGUUACGGUGUAUUUGUAAUAUGUAAGUAUUAAUUUUUAUAUAAUUUUUUAACUGUUCUGAACGUGAAGGGGCCAUGGUAUAAUGACAUUUUGGUAUUUGUUGGGAUUUUCUUAUUGACCUCCCGUCACAGGUACUGGAUAUUCCUUGUCUAUUAUAAAUAUUCCUCCUUUCAUAUGUGAAGUGGUUUCUGUUUUGUUUUUUUUUUUAAAUCCAAAGAGUCUUUUCUUUCCUGGUUAAUAAAUUGUAGGCAUCAAUUUGUAAGUAUGCAGAGUUUAUCAUAGGGUAUAAUCUCAUUGGAAUUGCUGUUUACAUCUUUUCCCUUGACUCUGUCAUUUCUUCCGACUGUGAUUUGGAGAUUAUACUUUAAGAGACCAAAAAAAAAAAAAAAUGUAGCAUUGGAGAUAGCACUCCUGGAAUGCGUUAGGUCAACAUGGGUAAUGUUGGGACCUAAUUUUCUAGAAUCUGCUCUCUUUAUAGUUUCGUGUUAGAAUUCACCGGUAGCCUCACUUGCAUGAGAGUCAGAAGGCAAAAAGGAAGAAGGCCUUAGUUUUUGGAAUCACGGUACAGACAGUGAUCGAUACCAUAGGAAUUUUGCCUACACCUUCCAGCCCAUUUUGCUGAUUCUUUGCCCUGCCCGUCAAGAGUAUCUUCAGUACCACCGCCAGCUACUUGACUUCCAUUUUCUCAGAGCUGUAGCUUUCCACAGAUGCCGCCACGAGGUCUACGACCUGGCAAAGGUUGAUGCCACUUGGAUUUUCCCGCAAGCCAUCAUGUGUCCACCAGACCAUCAUGGUUGAGAAUGUUCUUUAAAGCGCUGACUUCCCUCUUCUCUGGAUUGUAUUUGUAUAGGGUCUAAUUUGUGUAGUAAACCCCUCGUUCUGUUAACACUCCUAAUUACUGUGUGUUCCUGAUUUCACCAGUACAGCUACAACAUGCAGCCAAGAGGAACCCCAUGGUAACCUAUUCCUCUACCGCAUUGUACAGUGACUUCUGUGAAAAUAAGCCUUUUCGUGUGAAAAUAAGCACCUUCUCCUUAUCAGGCAGAUUGUGGGUGUUUCUGAUUACUCACAUCUGAACAUAAGUCUUCGGUAUAUUUUCAAUUAUGUUUUUAUGUGAUUUAAAACAUUUCCUAAAGCUCAAACCACUGUUUCUGUCCAUGGUCCUUAAAAUUUUUUAUUAACUGUUGGAUAUUAACAAAUGUUAUCUUCUCCAUUUCCUGAUAGGAUAUAUUAAAACGUCCCAUUGCGAUUGUGGCUUUUCAGGUCAACCUGUAAUUUUGUCAGCAUUAUGCAUUCCGAGGGUCAUCGUGUGCAGACGAGUUCAGAUAUUUUUUCCUCCAAUUUUGUUUUUUAUUCUGUAGUCAUAAUUUUUGUAAUUAAAGUUCUCGUCCUCCGUUAUUGAUUCCAAAAAUUUGCAUCAUGGUUUUGUCAGUGCCUUCUUGCCAAAGACUGCCAGGUGACAUCUGUGGUCAAAGAGAGAGAGGUGGAAUGAAUUGUAGUGAUAAAGGUGACCACAAAGCACAAAUAACAACGGGAUUAUGUUGGGGCGCCUGGCUGGUUCAGUCAGCGGAGCGCGCGACUCUUGGUCUCGGGGUUGUGAGCUCGAGCCUCACGUUAGGUGUAGAGAUUACUUUAAAAAAAAUAAAAUCUUCUAAAAAACAUGGUGGAGUCAAUCAAUGCGAAGGUGCUCAAAUGGUCUAGGAUUUGGACUUGUGAAACUCUUACAGAAAUUAAUACAAUUAAAAGCAGAUAUUUUUACAGGGGAAUUGAGAACAAAGCACACCCACAGACCGAGGGAAGACCCUUGCCCAGAAAAGGCCUUCAUGCUGGGCUGAAGAGGCAGUCUUUUCUUUGCGUGGAGCCAGUCUGCACAGAGGUGAUGUGGGUGUUUUAUCAAAUGCCCAAGUUUCCACAAAAGAUGAUGAGGCAUACAAAGAAACUUGGAAACCUGGCCCACUGAAAUCAAACCCUCAAUCUCCAGAAACCAAGCCUAACAAAACACAGGCCUCAGACUUUAGUAGGCAAACAAUUUAAAAUAACACGCCUAAAGAGCUUAGAAGGAAAAUAAAGACCAAAGAACAAUGGAUGAAGAAAUUGAGAAUAUCAAAGAGAAAUCAUUUUUAAAAAUCUGGAGCCCAGGGCACCUGGGGGACUCCGUCGGUUGAGCAUCCAACUUCACCUCAGUUAGAGUCCCGCAUCGGGCUCACUGCUGUCAGCACGCAGCUUGCUUCGGAUGCUUUGUCCCCCUCUCUUUGUCCCCUGCUCACGCUCUCUCAAAAAUAAGCCUUGGGGCGCUUGGGUGGCUCAGUCAUUUAAGCAUCCGACUUCAGCUCAGGUCACGAUCUCACAGUUUGUGAGUUCGAGCCCCACCUCGGGCUCGCUGCUGUCAGCACAGCUCCCAGAGCCUGCUUCGGAUCCUCUGACCCCCCGCCCGCCCCCCCCCGGCCCCCCGCCUCUGCCACUCCCCUGCUUGUACUCUGUCUCUUAAAAGUAAACGUUAAAAAAUAAAUAAACCUUUAAGAAAAAAUAAAAUAAAAUUCUGGAGCUGAAAUCUACAAGAACUGAGUUGAAAGAAUUCACCAGAGGGGUCAAAAGCAAACUUGAACAAGCAGCAGAAACAAUGUGCAGAGUUGAAAACAGGUCGUUUGAAAUUUGAGUCUGGGGAGCAAAGAAAAAAAGAAUAAAGGAAACUAAACUAAGCCAAGGAACUUAAGGGAUACCAUUAAACCAACCAAUAUGCACGAUAUGGGAGUCCCAGAAAAGAGUGAAAGAAGAGAAAGGGUCAGAGAAUUUGUUUGCAGCAAUAAUAGUGGAAUAUCCUCCUUUCUCUGUCUGGUGGUCCCAUUAUGCAUAUUCGUGCACUCAGUAUUCCACAUUUUCCAGCGGCUCUAUUCAGUUUUCUUCAUUCUCCUCUGCUCUUCAGAUUGCAUAAUCUUUAUUCAUCUGUAACUUCUCACUGUUGACAUUCUUUAAUGUGAUGUCAUCAUCAUACCCUCCCUUACUCCUUUAAAUAUGGUUUCCCUUAGAUCUUUGAGCAUAUUUAUAAUGGGUGCCCCGAAGUCUUUGUUAAACCUAUCAUCCGUCUAGACCCUCUCACAGGCGGUUUCUGCUGUCUGCCUUUUUGUCUGUCUGUAAGUCCAUCCUUUCCGGUUUUUUGCACGUAUUCUGCGUUUUCAGUUGAAAAUUGGACAUUCAAGAUUAUAGACUUUUCGGGGCU